CUGAACUAUAUCGUUUUAGUGCGAUGCGAACCUUUGGUUAACUUGUUGUAAUUAAGUUAUAAAUUUUGUACAAUGUAUUUAUGAUUAUUUUCUUUAUGAUUAUUAUCCUUAAAUAUUUUUCAAUAUCCAAUAUAGUUUUCAAAGUUAGAGAACGGUUGAAUUAUGGCGAGCUCCAUUAUCCUUGCUGGUCUUGGGAUGGCUGCAGUUGGUUUUGCUGGUCGAUACGUCUUGAAGCAAGUGCCUAAUGCCUCUGUGAAAUUUGCAGAGGCUGUCAAGAACUUUCCGAAAUUUGAUGCAGAAUCUUUAGCCACAUCAAGAUAUUAUAAAGGCGGAUUUGAACAAAAGAUGACUAAAAGAGAAGCAGCUUUAAUUUUGGGUGUAAGUCCUACAGCUAGUAAAGCCAAGAUAAGAGAUGCUCAUCGAAAAAUAAUGUUACUUAACCACCCAGACCGAGGAGGAUCCCCACUCAUUGCUGCCAAGAUUAAUGAAGCCAAAGAUGUUCUGGAGAGUGGCAAAUCAUAGCAUUGAAUAAUAGUCCAUUAUCAUCCAUACAUGUUACACUUUGCAGAAAGUAAACAUGUUUUAGUCACAGAUAUGCCUUAGGGUUGUUUCAUUUCAGGUUGUUAGCAAGAGCAGCACCAGUGGCAUGAAAGUUUUAAUUGCUGUCCACAUAUGAGUAACCAACCAUCCUAUAAAUUAUAUUCAUGUACAGUCAAGUGAUUAGAUGUACUAAUAUUUGGAGAAUCUUGAUAAGUGCAGUACAAUCUCACUAAUCCGGCACUACACACAAGAGAGACGUAUAAAUGUAAUAUUCACAUUACUGGAAAUUAGAGCAAAUCUGCAUAUUAUUUUUAUGUGUUUUUUAGUAUGUCGUGGAAAUACAUACAUUUAACUAAAAUACUAAAUUAAUAUAAAAUUCUACUGUUAUCUGGGACUUAGACAUUUAAAUAGAGAUUGAAGUGUGAUAAUGUAAGCGCACAUAGUAAAUUAGGACAUCAAAUGAUCAUUUUUACCCCAAUAUUAGUGCCGGAUUACUGGGUAUACUGGAUGGGAUUAUUGAGAUUUCACUAUAUAUGUAUCUGGUACAAAUGUUUUCUUUUCUGAUAAAUGCUACUGGGCUACUGUAGACAGCAAACAUGUACUUUACUUUGUUGGAGUACCUAUUGUAGUUUAGUUAAUCAUAUAGUGUUGCUACUGUUGCUGUUAUUUCAUGUCCAUGCCAUUGAUAAUGUUAGCCUUUUAACCAGGUGUGUUAUUAGUAAGCUUAUGAAAUACCCUCUGUAAAAUAAAUUCAAAUACAACAUUUAA